AUGUCCGAAAGUACGUUGGCCACCGAUGCAACCUUCAAUAAGGAACUGGAACCGGGCGUUAUAAGUAACGAAAUGCUCACGAAGGCGAUACUGGAGCAAGGUCAUAAAGGCGAAGCCGGUCGUCUGGCGCAAUUGAAUGAACUGCAUCUGGAAACCGUUACCGUCAUACGGCUCGAGUUUCAAAACAUCUUAAAAAUCGACCAUCUGUGGGUGAUGAAAAAUUUGGAAGUUUUAUCGCUGUCCUUCAACAAGAUAGAUAAAAUCGAAAAUUUGUCCCGAUUGUUGAAGUUGAAGGAGUUGAAUCUGUCCUUUAAUUAUAUUGAAAAAAUCGAGAAUCUGGAAAAGCUGACUAACCUCCGGAUUCUAUCGUUGUACGGCAAUCGAAUUACCCGUAUCGAAAACGUUGAUAAGCUCGAAAAACUAGUCAUCUUUAGUGCAGGACGUAAUAGCAUUAAUACAUUGGAGGGCUUGGAACGCUUGAGAUUUCUGAAGGAGCUGCGUUCGCUAAACUUGGCCGACAACCCGAUCGCCGAAGAUGCGUCGAAACCGUUGCGUUGCUAUUUGGCCACGUUGCUGCCCCAGUUGAAAUAUUACGAGUAUGUGCUUAUUCGUCAAAAGGACCGGGAUGCGGGAAAGGAGAUGUUUCAGCGUGAGCUUAUCGAUAUUCUGGAGAACGAGCGUAUUGAGAUUAUCGAGCGGAUGAACGAAGCUAAGGAGCGUGAGGACGAGAUUAAAUUAUCGAAAAGCUUUGUAGAACACCUGAAUGGCCAUCAAUUGUUCGAUUCAUUGUUUGGAAAUGAUCCAGAAGGAGAAGCAUUGCUAAGUAUUGGAAGCGAGGCAAUUGAAUUAAAAAACGACUACCGGAACGACGCAUUCAUGUUCACACAGCAUAUCUACAAAGUGGGUUUGGCCCAACAUGAAAAACGGCAAGCUGAGAUUCAGCUGUAUAAUCGCUGCAUUUCAGAUGAACGAAAGAUAGCCCAAGCCCAAGGACAAAGGUACAUCAAUGGUUUCUUACAUACUUACAAUAGCCUAUUCGAGCAGGCAAAGGAAAUUGUUGCUAAUCUGAAGACGAAAGACUUAACCAGCAAAACAUAUAACGCAGAAACGGAGAAACUGUUGGAUGACUUGAAUUUAUGCAAAAGUGGUUUCAACUCGCUCUUUGAGGAUACUUGGCACACGUUGAUGGGCAUAGAAAUGCAACUGUUUGAGCGAACGGAGGAAGGGAACACGACUUUCGAGAAUACUAUCAAGGAAAUGACGAACCAGUUCAUAGAGUUGGCACAAGCCCAAUUCGUAUUGCUGCGUGAGGCGGAAAUUCAUUUUAGUGACGCGCUAGUAGAUACUGUGCAGCAGUUUGUAACGUUCAGGGCAGCCGCUGGCCAGGCCGAUAAACUCCCUGAUGCACUGAAGCAGUCGUUAGAGGAUAAGGAUGUUAUCAGUAAUAUGGCAGCAGGUAUGAGAGAUCAGCAUAUGCAGCUAAUUGAUGAAAGGGAAGACAAGCUGAUAACGCGAAGUCGCAACUGGCUUAAAGAAUUGUGCGAUGAAUUACAAAACUCUGAAAUUAAUCGCAACCGUGCAAAAGUGUUGGAAAUAACGUAUUUCCUUGAUCAACACCGACAAACAUUCAUUGGCGCAUUAGAGGCAGUCGCCAGCAAGUUGGAAGUGUAA